AUGAGCCAAGGAUCCAUGUAUCCUGGCGAGCAGGGGGUACCGCCCUUUGACCCGUAUGUGUUCUCGGCGCCGUCCAGCACCGAGUCGGUGGGCUCCGAGCCGGCCGAGGCGGGGGGCUCCCUCGAUCCGUUUCUGCCGUCGUCGGUGCUCGGCCUGCACGACUCGCCGCUGGAUGCGGGCCUGCUCUCCUCCGACAUAAAGCACGAGCCUGCGUGGGACUCGAGCGAGCUCCUCCAUAUGGAGCUGCACCGCGUCUCGGCGCUCUCACUCAGCACGCCUUCGAGCCAAGGCCGGCGCGUCGGCACGGACGAGCCGCCCGUGCCGACGCCCGCGUGGUGCCCGACGGACCUGCCCAUGACGCCGCACGCGUCCGAUGAGGCGGCGCAGCGCGCGCCGCCCGCAGCCACCCCGGCGCCCGCGCUGCCGCCGGCCCCGUCGACCGCACCGCCCAUGACGCCGCGAUCCCGCCAGGAGCGCAGUGGGCGCUACGUGCAGGCAGGGCACGCGCCCUUCUCGACGCCCGAGUACCCUGUGAUGCGGCACCACAGCGUGUGCUCGCCGGCGGAGCUCACGUCGCCCGCGCUCGUCCCGGAGCCCCUGUCGAGCCACCGUCCGAGCUUCGACCACAGCCCGUCGCCGCAAAAGUCGGCGUCGCUGCCCGUCGGCGUCGAGAUGGGCCUGCCGUCCGGCAUCCCCCCGUGGAUGCCGCCGGCGCCCGGCGGCCUCCUCGACGACCCGUUCAUGCCCAUGCCGUCGUUCACACCGCCCGCGUCGCUCCCGUCGAUGAUGUUCAUGGACCCAGUGACGCCGCAGCACGGCCCACACGGCAUGGCGCGCGUGUACUCGGCGCCUGUCAUGCCGUCGUGGCCGCACGACUCGCCCGGCGCCACGCCGGGCGGCAUGCCGGGCCUGCCGCAGACCCCCAUGGGCGAGCCGGGGUCGUUCCCCGUCUCGCCCGCGUCCAGCGGCAUGAGUCUGCCCGUGAGCUCGGUGUCCAUGGCGCGCAAGGGGUACACGCCCUACGCGAAGAACUCCGGCGUGUACUGGGGCCACCCCGACAUGGAGUACUUUUCGUCGCCCAUGUCCGCCUCGAAAAGCACCAGUGCCCUGGCGUCGCCGCUGCCCCUCUCGCCGUCGACGCCCAGUACGUCGCGGCAGCGCGGCGCGCGCAUCUCACACAGCAUCAGCAUGCCGGGCGACCAGAUGCCGGGCAUGCUCGACUUCGAGGGGCCCAGCCCCGUGCGCCAGCGCGGGCGCCAGGCGGGCCCGCCGCCGCUCGUCGUGAGCAGUGCGGACAAAUUGCACGUCUGCCACUGCGGGCGGCGCUUCAAGCGCAUGGAGCACCUCAAGCGGCACACGCGCACGCAUACGCAGGAACGGCCCCACAAGUGCCCCGUGGCCUCCUGCGGCAAGAGUUUCGGCCGGUCCGACAACUUGUCGCAGCAUCUCAAAACACACUUCCGGCCCUCGGGCCUCGUGGGACGCACGAACGAGCUCUUAUCGAUGCAUGAGGAUUCACGCAAAACCGACGCACGGCACGAUCCGUACGCAGCGGCGGCGGCGGCAGCAGCAGCAGCAGCAGCAGCAGCGGCAGCAGCCGCGCACCACAACCCCUCUCACCCCCCCAUCAAGUCGGAGGCAUCGUCCGGGUUGCCGAACACGUCGUAG